AAUAUUAGCCAAUCAGAGAGCAGCAAGUGGGCGGGUGCUAACUCAGUUUUCCACAAUGUAUUUACUUCCGUCAAUAUUUCCACCACUGCAGGAAGAAGCAAACGGAGGCGCAAAUAAGCUGUUUGACUGCCAAGGUGUUUGAAGCGGCAGCAGACCUCUGCUUCCCGUCCUCCCCUCUUCAGUUAUGCCUUUCUUAGGCAAAGACUGGAGGUCGCCUGGAUGGAGGUGGACAAAGACGGAGCACGGCUGGAAGAGGCUUGUUUUCUUUGGACAUGAGUUGGAGGACAGCAACAAAGAGAUAGACCUGAACGAAUUUUGCAGUGACAACAAUGAAGAUCUGUUUGUCGGAGAGGUACGAGAACUGGUCAGCACCAAGAGGAAAAAGGACUUCUUCAACAAUAACGCCAAAUCCCAGUUUGUUUUCACAGAUAAAUGGAUCUACGUUCAGAAAGGGAGCACUAAAGAACGACAUGGAUACUGCACACUCGGAGAAGCUCUCAACCGACUGGACUUUUCCAGUGCCAUUCAAGACUUGAGAAGAUUUAACUACGUUGCAAAGCUUUUUCAGCUAAUUGCCAGGUCCCAGCUGACAUCUUUAAGCGGAGCUGCCCAGAAGAACUAUUUUAAUAUUCUGGAGAAGAUCGUUCGAAAAGUCUUAGAGGACCAGUACAAUCCACGUCUCGUUAAGGAGCUUCUGCAGGACUUAAGCGCCACUCUCCACAGUCUGACCAUCCAUGUUGGCAGAUGUGUUCUUGUGGGCAAUGUGAACAUCUGGCUGUGCCGCUUAGAGACUAUUGUUAAAUGGCAGCAGGAGCUCAACAACAUGCAGAUCCCCAAGCAAAUGUACACCGGCAUGUCGUUCAAUGACUUGCCACUACACAUGCAGGACAAAAUCCUCGGCAAGUUAUCUGACGCCUGUGACAUCAUAAACCUGGGACAGGCCACGCCUACGCUGCACAUCCUCAGUGAGCACAGGACGCUGUGGAAGAAACUCUGCCACUUUCACUUCUCAGACAAACCGUUCUGUAGGAAUCUGGUUCUGGCGAAGAACGACAACGUGGACUGGAAGCUGAUGUAUUUCACCCUGCAGAAGCACUACCCCAUGAAGGAGCAGUACGGCGACACGUUGCACUUUUGCAAACACUGUAGCAUCCUCUUCUGGAAGGUGAAUGAGGACUUUGGCCACCCCUGCACAGCCAAUGAUCCGGACAGCUGCCUGAUGCCCAUUUCUCCGCAGCACUUUAUCGACCUCUUCAAAUUUUAAACUACCCCGCGAUGGUCUCGAAGCGAAAAGUCCAUUAACUCCCAAUCCCACGCCGAGCCUGUGGACAGAACCUUGUUGUUGUCUGCUCAAAUACAAAGGGCUCCAGUUGGACAAAAUGUUUACGUUUUGUUUUUGUCAGUGCACAAGAAGUCCUAUAAAACAAAGUGUUGGUGAAUCUAAAAAGAAUUUUGUUUUUUCUGCACUAAUAUGUGUCUUGGAGACAGAAAAAAAAGCUGCUCCUUUGAAAGGGAAUAUGUAAGUAUGCUUCUUCUUUUGGCUCUUCCCUGUCACAGCGAGUCAUCCUCCUCCAUCUCACUCUGUCCUCACUCCAGCUACCUCCACGUCCUCUCUAACUCCAUCCAUACAUCUCUAUCUUUUUCCUGGUAGCUGCAUUUCUAACAUCCUUCUACCAGUAUACCCACUGUCCCUCUGGACAUGUCCAAACCAUCUCAGUCUGGUCUCUAACUUUAUCUCCCAGAUGUUCAAACUGUGCUGUCCCUCUGAUGAUCUCGUUCCUAAUCUUAUCCAUCAUUGUCACUCCUAAGGAGAAGCUCAACAUCUUCAUUUCUGCCACUUC